UUGAUCCCUCUAGCUCCCUGUAGUUCUCAAGAUGGCGGCGGCCGGGGACGUGCCUGUGCGGGCCUGUAACCAGGAGAUUGUCAAAUUCGACUUGGAGAUUAAAGCGACGGUGCAGGAUAUCAGUGAUUGUCAAGGGCCCUUAAGUGUGCUUACAGAAUUAAAUGCCAGAGUAAAGGAAAAGUUUCAACAUUUACGUCUCAGAAUACAGGAGCUUGAGCAGAUGGCUAAGGAGCAAGAUAAAGAAUCAGAGAAACAAGCCUUACUCCAAGAAGUAGAGAACCAUAAAAAACAAAUGCUCAGCAAUCAGACAGCUUGGAGAAAGGCAAAUCUAGCUUGCAAAAUUGCUAUAGACAACUCUGAGAAGGAUGAACUGCUGCCAGGAGGAGACUCAUUAAGACAAAGAAAAACCACAAAGGAAAGCCUGGCAGAGAAUGCAAGUACAAUUACAGAGAACCUGAUGGCUAUUAGCAGGAUGAUGUCUCAGCAGGUCAAGCAGAGUGAGGAGACCAUGCAAACACUAGCCAAUUCUUCACGAACCAUCCUGGAUGCGAAUGAUGAAUUUAAGUCCAUGUCGGGAACAAUACAGUUGGGGCGAAAGCUCAUUACAAAGUACAACCGCAGAGAACUGACUGAUAAGCUGCUCAUUUUUCUUGCCCUGGCCUUAUUUUUGGCCACUGUGCUCUACAUCCUGAAAAAGAGACUCUUUCCAUUUUUGUAAAAUUCCAAAGCUCAUGGAUUACCAAAUAUUAUGAAAGACCAGAAAGGGAGAUGGGGUAAUAAUGAUGAAGUUCAGUGUAACUAGGAUCAAGCACUGUUCUAGCUGAAAG